GGUAAAAACUCGCUUUAUUUGCUCGCCAGAAGAAAGAGAAUCAUAGAUGAGCGACUAGGAGAACUAACGCAGAUCUUUACGUGUGGGACUUAGCAAGAGGACUUAGCAAGAGGGCCGGCCUGGUCAUGAAGGGAACUGUGGGAUUAUAUAUGUGGGCAUGCAUUCUGGGAUACGUCACAUGGGGUGGAGCUGCACUACCAACCAUCCUGGGAAAAGAACUCGUCCUUAGUGAGAACGAUGGGCCAGAGAUAGCUGACUGGGUGCAAGGAAAGGAAAUCCCUUUGAGGAAUCAAUAUUGGGGCGAUGUAGCGGAGGAAGAGGAGGAAGAAGAACUUGGCAUGUUGUCCCCUGAUUCAGAGAAACGCCAGUACCCAGGUGGUAAAAGACAGUAUCCAGGAGGCAAGCGUCAGUAUCCAGGAGGGAAACGUCAAUACCCCGGCGGCAAGCGUCAGUUUCCGGCUGGCAAAAGGCAGUUCGUCGGAGGUGAACUUAUACCAUCGCCUGAGCUACGUCAAUGGCCCGGUGGAAAGCGUCAAUGGCCCGGUGGAAAGCGUCAAUGGCCCGGUGGUAAGCGUCAAUAUCCCGGUGGAAAGCGUCAAUAUCCAGGUGGUAAGCGCCAAUGGCCCGAAGUUAAGAGGCAAUACCCUGGUGGCAAACGGUCGGAAGACGAUCAAGAUCUCCUGCCCAUGGAAAUCCGACAAUACCCUGGCGGUAAACGCCAAUGGCCCGGUGGUAAACGACAGUAUCCCGGAGGGAAGAGGCAAUACCCUGGAGGGAAACGGCAAUUUCCUGGUGGAAAGCGGCAGUUCGUCGGUGGGGAAGCACUCGAACAAGAAUCGAACAUCAACAAGCGAUUCGCCCCUGAAGACGACACCAUGGACUUCUUUAGGCUAUCCCAGUUAUAUGACACGAACGAUAAUAUAGUCGCAGAUGAAGGAGAAUUAGCUCUAGAGGAUCUCCUGGAUGACAUCAUGGUUGACACGAGGCCAGAGUUUGAAGACCCAAGGGACUUGUUACUAGGCAAUGUUGACCAAGAAGAUGUUCUUGCUUUAGAUUUAUCGGCUUUACUUGGAGAUAGAAACCCAAACAACGGGUGGUAACAUCACCGAUCACAAGGAACCCGCUUUUGCUUCAUUGUCGUUCUUUUAACAGAAUAUUUUCGAAAAAGAUAUCAUGAGAAAAAAAAUUACACUUUAGACAGAAUCAAUUACAGGCUAGCUGUUAAAAAAAAAAUGUAAAAAUCGUUUAUCAUCAUAAAGCCUUUUCUGCAGAUGCUGUGCUAUUAAACGAUUUUAGAGAGAAACAAAAAGAUGAAAAAGUUAUAUUUGUACACAUCAACGUUUGUGCUUGGUUCUCGUUCCCUGUAGUUAGAGUAUAGGUUAAAUAUCCAAUCCUUCGGGUGAAGACAUUAAUGGUACAGAAAGAGAUAGGGUUCGUCAUCCUUCCUCGAGUAAUGGGAGAGAAUUGAAAAUUGUGUAUCGAAAAGUAUUCAAUUACAUGGCCAUUUUCUAAUAGAAGAUCGCGAUGUUUGGAAUAUUAUUUAAUUCUAUAUUUUUUGUUAUUUCUAUUUUAUUAUAGUUUUGCGGAGACGUUUUGCCCUAUGCUGGGAUCGAUUUUGUAUUUCCGUAUAAUUGGUUGAAAUAAGCCUAAAGGAGAGAAAGAAUCCAUUUUCCUGCUACAAUUGAAAAGGGGUCGUGAGAUGAAAUUGUUGUUUUAAUCGAAAAUAUAAGGUUCUGGUACGGUAAUGGAGGGAGAAGCUCCCCAUUCCUGUUUCUUUUUCUUCAUAUCGUGGUACAGAUAUCCAAUUGUAAAUAUAAAUAGAAAGCAUUGUUUAUAUGUUGUGUUAGUUAUCAUCAUAAAUAGUGUAAAGAUACUUUUAAGACUUUAUAUCGUUUUUGUCUUUCGAACAUUGUCGAAAGAUUCUCGUGUGUAUUCUUCAUGAAUAAUCGGAGAUGAUUAAACAAACAAAAAACAUUUCUGCCCUAUAAGAACUAGAAUCCGUCCUAUCAGUCUAAUUGUUCCAUUUUCUGUCGAUUAAAAGAAUGUUAUUCUUUGUCAACCUUGCCGUGAUUAUGAUAUUCUUAAUUUCAUUUCUAUCUUGUCUCUGUUCCUCAUCCCAUCCAUUUGAUUUAAUGUAUAGUGAAGAGGGUCUUAAUCAUGUUAAUAAUGACCUAUUUCUGGCAAUGGACAAAGCGUAUAAAUCAUUCAUGGAUCAACAGUAAAAAAUACGUGAUAAUUUCGUUAGUACAGCAUCUUUGAUAACAUCACUUAAAAGUUAGCUUUCCACACGUCAAAUUAAAAGUCCAAAGACUAUUUAAACCAAAGGUCCGACCAACGGAGCAGUUUAGGUAGCCUCACUAAAUAAAUGAAUAAAAGAAUAACCGAGAAUCAUUUUUGACGGGGUGAUCAGAGUUAGAUCACAAUCUCUGCGUUAAUGUUCAUACAUUUUCCUCUUGCAUAACUUGUUAAGUUUAUGCCCGUUGAAUGACGUAUGACUGCGUGGGUUAUUUCGUUGGUCUUUGAUGCACCAUUAUGAGAGUGCUAUGGUAUACAAGGUGAUGCAAAAUCAACAAUGUAAACAGAGCUUUUAAUUACUGCCGCAUGUACUAUUGACCUUCACAAACUUGAUUAGCGUAUGUAAUAAUACAAACCAAAUGGCGCUUCGUGUGGUAUUCUUCGGGUACUUUUGUGUGAUAAGGGUUGAAAACUCUGUACGUCAUAAUGAUUACGUAACAAUAAUAAUGAAUCUACUCGUGGAGAAAACGCGCCAUAUUCCAAAUCAAGAGGAUUUUGGUAGUAGCAUGAAAAGUAAACUGAAGAUGACAUAUCAUCAAAAUGUAUCCUUCAAACUUGCAAGUUAACAAUUUAUCAUUCUAUUCAAUUCUGUUCUUUGCAUGAAAUAUAAAAAACAUCUGACGAAAUAUUUUGUUUUUGAUCAGUCCUCAUAAUGCAUUUAAGAAAAAAGAUGGUAAAACUAUAUCUUGCACGUGGUUCUAACUAUGUCACGCGCAUUUAAAUGUUAUAAUAAUACCCCGAGUCGAAAUAAUUCAUCAGAUCAGAUGGCCUUUAUUUAUGUUGAAAUCAUUUCGUGAAGACAGUAUCAGACUACGACAACAUACACUUUGAUCCAAGAAAUAAGUGUUUUAUUGUCAACCAAAACAGCGUGUGGGUAAUGUUGCCAAUGAAUGAAACGAAAGUGCGUUUGAAGAUUUUUGUUCUUUCUGUGUUUGAACUCAAUAUCUUCUAGUCAGCUUUAAAAUGCCUAAAAUCAUUACAUAUCACGAUGAAAUUAAAAGAAAAAGACUUCUAGGCAGUCGAUAGCACUUGAAAGCGAUUGAUCAGAAUUAAUAUAUAUUUCCUAAAUCAAUCAACUUCUUCAUUUAAAUAUUUUGACUUAUAAUAUUCAUUUCAUAUAGGCCUACUGUAAAAGUUGAGAUAGUUGAAUGAUAAAAUAUACUAAAUAGCAAUUAAUUACGUCAUGAGUUAAAAUUGCGAUUGUGUCAUAUUUAAACUCUAACCUCUAUCAAGAACAUCAGCAAUGGCGUAUCAUAACGUGUUGUUUAGUAAUAAAGGCAAAAAAGGAAAGUAAAUCCAAUAAAAGAACAAACAAUUAGAAAUUGAAUGAAUGUGACAUUCCUUUAUUCUUAAUUGUCAUUUGAGUAGGAACGAUUUUGUUCGUGCAAAAGUCUGUUGCACAAAAUAAUGAAUUGAGACCGUCGUUAGUCUCCUGAUGCUAAGUGAAACCUUUGAAGAGUAAGAUAUCUUUCAACUUGAAUCAAUGUUAUCUAAUGGACCACAAAUUCACUUUUUGCUAGAGUGCUCUUUUUCUGGGGCCGAAUGACAAUUAACUUGUUUUCUGAUGCGGGAUGGGAUUUUAAUGUGUCAUAUUGUGGUAUCAUGUACUACAAAGUGAUCAAUCUUCCAUUUUAAAAGAAGAGUGUUUUCUCUAUGAUGAUAUCAAUAAACAACAUGACCAAACAUAAUAUUAUCGGCAGUGUAUGAAAAGUGUGUAAAUUGGCCCUUGUAUCUAUGGUGUCCAUUCAAUCAAUCAUUCACUAAAUAAAAGUAUCAUUUUGGAUUCUGCGA